AUGCAGUUCUCAUAUUUAGUCACGUUGGCUUUGGCCAGUGUGGUGAGGGGUGCUACAUUAAUGGAAGCGAUUGCCUCCCAAAGUACAACACUUAGCACGUUGAAUUCACUUCUUGCCGAACAGCCAGCUCUUAUGCAGAUGCUUAUGGGAGCAAAGAACAUUACCAUCCUCGCCCCAUCGAAUGAUGCAUUUGCAAGCUUCGUUCAGAGUCCCGAGAACAAAGCAGCGGCUGCAGAUAAUGCGACUCUUAUGGCUGUACUUGAAUAUCAUGUCCUCGAGGGUAUGCAUAUGUCAUCCGAUUUUACCACCAAGAUGGAAUUCUUUCCUACCAUGCUUGGCGCAAGUAGCAAUAUGACCAUGGGCUCCAUGAUGAUGUCAAAUAUGUCUCUAAGCAGUGUUACCGGAGGCCAAGUCGUUGGUGGUAUGAAAAUGGGGAAUAUGGUGGAGAUCAUGUCUGGGCUGAAGGAAACGAGCAUGGUCCAAACCGCUGAUCUGAUGUUUGAGGGAGGUGUCAUUCACAUCAUUGAUUCUGUUCUGACGAUACCCAAAAUGCCCUCAGUCUCUGCUGUAGACUCUCAGCUUACCGCGCUAGCUGGCGCAUUGAAGGCAACAAACCUUCUCAUGGCUGUCGACAUGCUGAAAGAUGUCACAAUCUUCGCGCCUUCGAAUGCUGCGUUCAAGGCCAUCGGUUCUGCCACUGGCUCAUUGACUGAGCAACAACUUGCGGGCAUCUUGGAAUAUCAUAUCAUCAACGGCACAGUUGGCUAUAGCACUCUUCUGUCUAUGGGGCUCGCCAACAGGACACUUCCUACUCUUGAAGGACCUGACCUAAGAGUUCAGGCUACCGGUGACAAAAUAUUCAUCAACGGUGCUCAAGUCCAGAUUGCGGAUGUACUGGUCAGCAACGGUGUUAUGCACGUUAUCGACGCUGUACUUAAUCCUGCCAACACCACCGCAACCGCGAACCCAACUGCGACUACACCGGCUGUUAUGUUCCAGGGAGCUGCCGCCGCAUCGAACGUUCCAUUUACAUCUGGUAUCUCUGCCACCACUACAGCGCCUUCAGCGACUACCCAAACUGCCGCUGCGGGACUCUCAGUUGAACAACCUGCUGUCGGUGCGAUAGGUGCUGCUGCUCUCUUUGGGCUCGUUAUCGCCGCGUUGUAG